UUAGCUCCUAAAGUGGCUUUCUCAGCCUCUCUGUUGAGCUCUUUCGGACCACAAAGCGUUGGACCCUUUCAUAAUGGUCUACACACCCUGAUUUAUGAAUAUGUCUUCCUUAAUAUUGGAGAUGCCUAUGAUCCAAACACAGGAAUCUUUACAGCACCUGUGAGGGGAGCGUAUGCUUUCAGGGUCUUCUCCAAGGCCUUUGGUAAUCCAAAGAGAGCCGUUACUGCAGGCCUGUUUAAAAAUGACCUGCACAUCAUUUCUACACAUGGACACCAAGCAAGCGGUUUUAUCAGCUCUUCAAAUGGAGUCUCUCUGCUGCUAGAAGAAGGGGAUCAAAUGAAGGUGAAUCUCUAUCCUGGACAAUGGAUUUUCGACGAUGGAGAACAUCAUCACAGCACAUUCAGUGGACAUCUGCUUUUCCCCAUGUGAGCUUGCAGACCAUUUAUAAAA